AUGUCAGACCCUGAGAAUUCUUUUAGACAGCAGUUUUCAAACUGGACCCAGAGAGCUGGGGGACCUGCAUCUGGCGGGACAGGAACCAGAUCAGCGACCGGUGGUGGGUUCCCAGCGUUCGCUGACUGGUCAGACUAUGUCAAAAAUGGGGCAAAUGACUUGUAUACGUCAUUACCAACGUAUAACACAGUGACUGGGAACACAAGUACCGUAGAGGAACCGUCAUGGUUCAAACUAUCGAGAUUCGAGAAGAUCUUAGGGUUCUUGUGCUGCCUUGGUGGAUCCCUACUUUGUUUUGUAGUGUGCUUUUUCUUGUUCCCAGUGUUGGCAUUAAAGCCCAGGAAAUUUGGGCUUAUUUGGUCGCUAGGCUCAUUAUUGUUUGUAUGCCUGUUUGGUAUACUCCAAGGACCUUACUCUUAUACGCGUCAUUUGGUUUCUCUGGACAGAAUCAUAUUCACCAGUGUAUUUUUUGGAUCUGUCCUUUCGACAAUCUACUGCCUGGUAGUUUUGAAGAGCACGAUUUUGACUAUUUUGGCAAGUAUAGUUGAGAUAUUCGCCGUAGCCUACUACAUAUUGAGUUACUUCCCCUUUGGUGCUCAAACGGUGACAUGGUUCAGUAGUUACCUCGUUGGGUACGUAGGAGGAUUUUUGGGAGGCUUGUUGUGA